UUCGUCUCGUAGUACGUUGGCCCGACCCAGCCGACCCAGACCCAGCCCGCCUACGUGCAAGCGUGGUUCCCUCCCCUUUCCUUUUUUAUUACCGAUUCCCUUAUAGUUUGUAUCCCUUAUUGUUAAUGGUAUAUCUAGGUAAGUUGAGCAAAGACCUACAGGUAAUUAUGUUAAUAGUAGUUAUGUGUGUAUUUUAUUGGUGUGUGUACAAGGGUUAUGAUUCUUACAUGUCAAAGUUUGAAUCAAUACGAGGUGAAUGAAUGAAAGAUGUGAUACGCUGAUCUCUCUCGGUAUGCGACGAUUUAUUUACUGAAAUAUAGAAAUGCAACUUAAAUGAGGUUACAGGGAAUACAAUUUAUUUGGUAUAUGAUUGAAAAAGUACGGUAAUACAAUCGCGACGAUUGAAAUUGUUACCGUGCUAAAAAGUGUUUUUAAUCUGAUCUGUUCAUUGCCAUUCAUAAGCAUGUGUACAAACCAACCCAGUUCACAAUAUCAAAAUCCAGACAAAGGAGGGAUAAAGUUUCCCUGUGGCUACAUUCUAGUUAACAAAAGGUGGACAAGUGAUCCUGUUGGCAGAGAACUCGCAAAACGAACAAAAAUUUCUUACAGUGAUGCAAUGGGCUUUGUUGAUUUCUACAUAACACAGGAAUGCCCUGUAAUCUACUUCUCUGAAUCAGAUUUGAAAACAAAAAAGAGAGAAUGUCAAGAAAAAGUUUCUAAAUUAAAUUCUGUUUCCAGUAGUAAAGGUUUGGUAAUUGCCACCUGGAAUUCAAAUGUUUUAUCAGAGUUUAGUGAUAUCCAAGAAUAUGCAACUUUAGAUGUUGGCUUAUUGGUAAUUCCUGUUACCUGUCACUCACAGUUACCAGCUAUCCUUCACAAAUUGGCAGUGGAAGAGACAAAAUCACCUCAAAAGACAAGAAAAGGGAGUGGUCAGGGAGGAACAUCUCUAGGUGAACAAGUUUCAUUGUUGACCAACGUACCUGGAAUUGGGGAAAAAGAAGCCAAAAGUCUUCUUCAGAGGUUUGGAAAUAUAGUUUCUGUGUGUGAAGCAUCCAAAGAUGUACUAGAAAAUGCACUAGGGGAGAACUUAGGAACAAAAGUGUUCAAUUUUUUUAAUCAACCUAUAACUUGAGAUGGUUUAAGGAUUAUCGUAAUAUGAAUUGUGGUUAAUACAUGACCAUUAAGGUUGUAAAUAAAAAAAAUAUUUACUUUAAUAUCACAUUGAGAAUAUGUUUACUUGCAAAGUGACGCAAAUACAGUUUGAGAUACAGAGUAUACAAAUGUGUUAUAAAAAAAUUCUCCCUUUUUUACUAAAUUCUAAGGUAGUAUGAAGUCAUUCGAAGUCAGGGUAAAUGUAAAAAAUUGUUAGAAUUUAAAUAAAGAAAUUGGAAUGAGAAGUGUAAUCGAAUUGUUCUGUUAACUUGUUGCAAAUAAUGGCAAUAAUGAAAUUACAUGAAACGCUUCAUAAAUGACAAAUUGGAUAUUACUACUUCAGAUUGUGUUGAAAGUUGAUUUUUUUCUGUAAAUACUUCACAUUUUCUUUGAGAAUUGAAAUGAGAAUGAAAAUAAUGUUUACUUUUGGUUUAUGAAUAAAGAUUUGAGAAAAUAGGUCUUAUAUAAGCAAAAGAAAUAACUUAUAAUGCAGGGAUGGUAACAAUAAGAGGCUCACUUAGUUGUUAAUUUUUCUAUCAAGUUCACAGAAUUUUUGUUCUUUUAUUUUAAUUCACAGUAAUUAUUUUCCCUCAAGUUUCAAUUUAUUGUAUAUUGGGAAAUUAGUGUUAAUGUGCCAUCAUUAAUGUGUUAUGUUAACCAUAUCCUCAGUCGAAGAAACAUCCUGUCAAAAAUAAUACAGAAAUUGUUGCAUUGUACACACACAUUAAGUGGGGGAUUCAAUGGAAAAGAUACAUAAAAACACAUCUGUGAAAAAUAGUCAUUCAAUAUUUUAAUGUUAAAACUGUUCAAAGUAGUAUAUUUGUAUUUACUUACAUCAAAAAAUAUUCAUAAAAAGCAAUGCUGCAAACAAUCAUAAAUUAUCACAGCUAUGACUUCAGUGGAACCAAUUUUUUGAAGAUUACAUUGCAAUUUGAUGCAGUUACAUUUGUGAUAGAUACACAAACAGAUUUAUAUAUUUUUGUACAUUUUAAUUUUAUAAAUAAAAUAAUGCACUGUUCUACAUACUUUUUCUGACAAAUAAGCCAGUGUUCAAGGAAAACUGUACCCUAUUCCUUUCCCCCAAAUUCUAACUAUGUGCUUGCUGAUUGUUCUAUAAAACUUCAACAUGUUAGGCCUCCACAUGAUAUGAAUAUUUUCUAUAAAUCUCUCACUAGUGUAUAUAUUGACUCACUAAUGUAUAUUUGGCAUUGCCUUGUUUAUUUAGAAACAGUCUAUAAAUUGGAGUUAUAAUAAUUUUUGUCCAUUAAAAUCUAGUUUCAACUAUGUGAGAUUAAAGGCUGACUCAAUUAUUUUAUUGUCUAGGAAGUAAUUACUUACUUACUCAAUACUGAAUAUUUUAUUCUCUCAUCAAACUCUCAUAAAAUCUAUCUAUAAAAUACAUAAUGUAAUGUAGAAGAUUAUUUUUACAAUUUAAUAUUAAUUUUAAAUAUUUAAUUCAUUUAAGGCCUGAGUAAUUAGAAAUGUGAAUCAGUUAAUAGGUUUUAUUGUAGAUUAUUGCUUUAAACAUUCUCUUAUAUGAGUUAGUAUAAGAAAAAACUAAUGAGCUCUCAUGACAAUAUUUUAUUUCAGUUAACUAGUGGGAUGUGAAUAUUUGGGAGUCACGAUCUGGUGCCUUGGGCUAAUGCAUUGUGCUUAACCAUCAUGCUGUAACUAAUAUUACUGAGCAAGUAAUUCAUAUAUGAAAGUCACCUUGAUAAUGAUCUACAUUUUAUGUUAACAGCUUCUGACUCAAUCCAUUUACUGACACAACCGGCUACAUCACGUCCAGCUUCUAAAACAAAAGCAUGUUUGUAACUGCUUGUCAGUGCAUGCACUUGAGGAUGUAACUUCUUCAAAUAUUCAUAUAAACUAAGAGGAGCCCAUCCAUCUGUAAUGCUAAAAUAGAAUAGUAAUUUGUCAGACAAUUCAUCUAUGAGUUCAUGAUCUAACUCUUUAACGUUAUCCAAAUUGUCCUGUGCAAUGAAAAAGACAUUCUGAAGUGCUCGAGGAUUGAGUAAUUUCACAGUAGGCCGUAUCAUUUCCUUCUUAGCUGGAAAAAUUAAAAAAUAAAUAUAUAUAAGAAUCUUCCUUAUAAAAAUCGGCAAGUAUAUAAAAAUCCAUGCAAGGAAGAGCAGGAAAGAUUUAAUGCGUAGCAAAAAGUUUCCCCACAGCUUUCCAUUCGGAGUGUCUUUCAGAUGAUGAAUUGCUGGAAAUAACAUGUAUGAUUUCUUUACCCUUGCAUUUAUUUCUGGGCAUUGCUUCAGAACUUGCAGUAUCAUAUAAGUACCAAUGGAAUGCCCGACGAAAUAAAUGUUAACAUGAGGUGGCACAUACUUAUUGAGGAAUUGUAUUUUAUGAGUAAUCUGGCCUUCCAGCGAGUAGAGUUGUCGGUUGCCCCGUAGAGGUGGGAUGGUGACGUCGCGACCCACCUCGUGUCCGGCGUGCGACACGAUCCACACGGGGAUGUUGAGGCUGCGAUAGAGCGUCUCCAGAAACUCCUCGUAAUAGCCCGUAACUCCGGGGUUACCUGGGAUGCACACGAUGAGGUCCCGGUGGUUGCUCAGGUCGUCUUCAAUCCACGCUCCCCAAGUGGCAACGUACGUCGCCACGCCGUUCACUUCCACGAUGCUCUUCUGCAUGAUUGACAACGUCGGUUACGUGAUCACUCGACCGUCACACCGAUUGUCCCGACUUCUCAAUGAUUUCUCGGCAGUGUCAUUCGCACAGCUCGGUUGAACCGGCACGGCACCGCACUGCGGCAAAUUCGAGUCUCGCGGCGCGGCGCGGCGGCGGGGCAGAUCGCGAGCACGCAGUCCGAACUCCAAAGAGCAUCGCGAGCGGCUGAGACGCGCCAGCGGCUGUCAGGGGCUGCCGAGGUCAAGUGCGCCGCCCGCCCGCCCGCCUUGCAUCCGCGAAGGGCGAGGGUCCCGGAUGAUCAAUGAUACGACGUCUAUUGGCACCAUGAUUGACUUCCAACGGGGGGCGAUACUUACGUAACGAAGCCGGAGCCGGCCGGGGUUGGGUGGCGCCCCUGUCCUGUCCUGACAUGGCAUGGCUUGCCGGCCUAACCUACCCGAACCGCUCGGCAGCGACGCGAAUUUUACGGGCCAUUAUUUUGUGCACCGCGUGUUCUUUUUUAGCGUAGUUGAUGCGAAGUAAUUCUACGUGCAGAGUAUGCCUUGAUGUAAAAUUUUAUUCUGCUUUAGAAAAAAAAAUGUUGCAUCUGGUGUAAUGCACGCACAUCCUGUCAUCAAUGCAAUUUAGCUUUGAUUUAAAGUUACGUAAUUGUCUUUUUAGUAUGUCCCUCACCAUUGUUGCUUUUAGUUACAACACAUUUCCCUUUUUGUGUGUGGGUUGGGAGAGAGAUGGUAGUUGUACUGCUAAAUUGAAAGUGAAACCAAAAGCUGUUGAAAAUAAAAUUUCCAGUACUCUACCUGUAUCAAUUUUAAAUGAAGGAUUCCUUUAGAGGCCUUAUUUUCCAACAAGUUCCAAAUAAGUUAUUUUUGUUGUAAAAAAAAAAUGCUUAAAUUAAUUCUGCAAUGAAUGGUACUUUGUUACCAUAAUACUGAGUUAUUCCUAAGACCUUAGUGGUUUUGGUAUGAUAUCAAAGUAAACUCCUAUCGAUGCUGCAACGGCCAAAUUAAUUAUAUUCAACAGACUAUCAACUUACCAACACUAAAAUUGACAAGUAUUGAUUUCCAUGAAUACAAUUCGAUGUUUACAUUUUGCUCUACAGUAAUUACUUGGCAAAUUUAACAAUAUUACAUGUAAAAU